GCCUGAACCAUCAUGGCGGCGCCCAUGUAGCCCGUCCGUACCGGGAAAGGGACGGUGGCCUUGGCGCAGGCCCUGUGGGGGUCAGGAGUCACCAUGCUUAGGGCCGCGUGGAGGGCGCUGAGUUCGAUCCGGACCCAAGCAGGGGUCCAGGCCCCAGUCCUUGUGCUUCCUGGCGGAGGGAACGCCAGGCUGCCCUCGGCGCGGUGGGGCCUGCAGCCUCAGAGUCUUCUGCAGGCUGUCCGUGGAUACGCCACCCAGAAACCAGUCCAGCCCAACCAAGAUGAUGACCUGCCUCCUUCCAUGCUGCUCAAAGACUACCAGAAUGUCCCUGGAAUUGACAAGGUUGAUGCUGUUGUGAAGAGACUCUUGUCUUUGGAAAUGGCCAACCAGAAAGAGAAGCUAAAGGUCAAGCAAGAACUGAUGAUGAACAAGGUUGUGGCAAACCCCAAGGAUACCAGAUCGCUGGAGGCUCGAAUUGUUGCCUUGACCAUCAAGAUCCGCAAUUAUGAAGAACAUAUGCAGAAACAUGGAAAGGACAAAGCCCAUAAGCGUUUUCUACUGAUGAGCAUUGACCAGAGGAAAAAGAUGCUUAAAAACCUCCGUAAGACCAACUAUGAUGUCUUUGAGAAGACAUGCAGGGAGCUGGAUAUUGAAUACACCUUUCCCCCUCAGUACUACCGAAAAGCCCACCACCGCUUCCUGAUCAAAAAAGCUCUAUGCAUUCAGGUCUUCCAGGAGAAGCAAAAGCUGAAGAAGCAAAAAAGGGCCUUAAAGGCUGCAGCAGCAGCUGCAGCCCAAAAGGAUGACAACCAGGGAAAUACAGAGAGCCCUUCCAAAGCCUGACCAGAGGCACCCAAAGAAAAUCAAUAAAGUCCAUUCAGAUUAUUUCUUCUUGAAGAAUGAUAGGAGAAAUGAUGGCAUUUUUGACUCCAGGAAGAAUUUAUUCUUUCAUUCAGCUCUGUAGUCUCACAGUUGUAUGAGGCAGAAUCUCUGCUGUCAUCAUCCCUCAGAGGACACAGUCCUAUAAACAACAACCUGUCAUCCAGGUAGCAUGUGCUUCAGUGGAGGCAGGGGAUGAGCACGGCCACACAGUAGAAGGGUGGCUGGCAUGGUGGGUGGAAAGGCCAGCUGUAGGAGCUGCCUUCUAGAUUGGGCCAUAAAGAAUAAGUAGGAGUUGGCUGAGGGAGGGACAGCAUCCAGGCAGAAUGAGUUGCAGGGACAGAGGUAAACAAGUCUUCAACACUGUCCUCUAGGGAGAGGAGAAGCAGUUAAAGUUUUACCAC